AUGUCUUCGCAAUCCCGCCCACCGAAUCCAGGGCAGCUUGCCACAAGCCUUCCAGGACUGACAGCACAUCUUGUGGGACACGAUAAGGAAGGCAAGGCAAUAGUGCAGGAAAGCCGACCGGCCAAAUGGUCGAUCUACGAUGGAGAUCAGAUGGCAUUCAAUGUUGUCUAUACAACCUCGGAAUUCCCAGCCAACCUCAAUGAGGACAAGGAUAUCCAGGCGCACGACAAUCUCAUGGCCUCGGGUAAAUUAGGCCUGGUCAACUCCAACGGCACAGUAUGCCGCGUGGUGGACUUUGCACCAGGAUAUGAGUGCAUGAUGCACCGGACCCAGAGCAUCGACUACGGGAUUGUGCUGGAAGGCAGUAUCGAGUUGGUCUUGGACAGUGGAGAGAAGAAGCUGAUGCAGCGGGGAGAUGUGGCGGUGCAAAGAGCCACGAUGCAUGCAUGGAACAAUCCCAGUCAGACCGAGUGGGCACGCAUGAUCUUUGUGCUUCAAGACUCGCAGAAGCUGGAGAUUGGUGGACAGGUCCUUAAGGAAGAUCUGGGCCGUGGCGUCGAUGGCUUGCCGUCAAGUGGAAACGAUGCUUAG